AUGGGCGAGCGAUAUCAAGUGGAAACGAUACCGCCAUUCACCGAGCUCGGCGAAGGGCCGCACUGGGACAUUGCCACCCAGAGUUUGUACUACGUAAGCCUCAGCAACGGAUGGAUCUACCGGUGGGACUACGUCGAGCAGAAGGUGUACAGUGCAUCAAUCGAUGGAGUCCAGGAGGCGAGCUUCAUCAUCCCGGUGAAGGGGCAUCGCGAAUGUUUCGUAGUCGGUGACUUGAAUCGGGUCACCGUAAUCCGCUGGGACGGCCGUUCCGGGAAGGCGGCAGUAUGGCGUGAGCUGGUGGCAACUGACCCGAAGGUAGCCCACAAUCGCCUCAACGAUGGCAAGGUGGACCCGUGGGGACGGCUCUACUUCGGGACGAUGCUGAAGGAGCAGCUGGGCGAUCCGUUUACGAAGGGCAGCGGCCACCUGUACCGGUACUGUGACCGAACGAAGAAGCUGGUGGAACAGGAGCGCAACCUCUUCAUCUCCAACGGUCUGGCGUGGAACCGGCAGACGAACAAGUUCUACUUCGUCGACUCGGGUGCCAACGAGAUCAAGGAGUAUGACAUCGAUUUGGAGGGCAACUUUACGAACGGAAAAACUUGGUACGACUUCAAGGUUAAUGGCAAAAGUCCGGGCUACUUCUGCGACGGCAUGACGAUUGAUGUCGAGGGCAACCUGUACGUCGCAAUGUUCGACUACUACAAAGUGCUCAAAAUUUCUCCCGAUAAAAAGAUCCUACAGGAAAUCAAGAUCCCGGCUCAGCAGGUGACAUCGGUAGCUUUCGGAGGCCCAAACUUGGACGAGUUGUUCGUUACUACGGCUGCGAAGUUGGUCCGAGUGCCGCAGAAAGAUCCAGCCGGAGCCCUGUUCAGAAUCACCGGCCUGGGCGCGAAAGGGCUACCGAUGAACGAUGUGGUUCUGGACCUGUGAGUCUGGAGAACAUGAAGGUGAUUGAUUAAAAUAAAAGAAACUGUC